CUUUUUCAUGCCAGGUCGUGUAUGAAAAUGCUGUAAUUGAAUUGAUUUAUUCUCCUGCACUGCACAUUGCGCGGGUAGCGACAUCCUUACUCUCCCAUUAUCCACUCAUUCCCACCUCAUCCCAACGUCGUCACUCCGAGAUGUCGGCAAUAUUCGCACCAAACAAGGGCGGCCAGCUACUGCCUGUGCCGACCGGAGCUUCCACCUACCACCAGGAUUCUCUCGUUUAUAUUGACCGACAAGCCAAACAGAUCGAGCGCAAGCUGCAGGAUCUCAUCGAUGCUCAAAGCGAGGGCCUUCAGGCCGGUCUGGCGGGCCCACAGUCCAAUGCUACACCCUCCACUAGUGGAAGCCAUACUCCAACUUCGGCGCUGGGAAGUGUCAAGGGUGGGCCCUCUACAGUCCCAGUGAGACAGCCUCUUCCUGAAAAGAUUGGUCUUCGUGCGGCUAGAGAGGGAAUCUUCAACUCCAUUUACGACCUGCUGAAGCUACGAGAGGAAGAGCAUGAGCUACUGAUCGCCCAGGUCGACGAACGGCACAAUGCACUGCAGGAUAUCGAUGGGUUCAACACCAAGCGCGCUGGUUUGGAGGACGCAAUCUCGACAAUUCAGGAGAACAAGGAGGGCCAGCGGACCAGGGAGCUAAGAGAGGAGAGUUACAGGCUGGAGGAAGACAUCCAUGAAAUGGAGACUAGAUUGUCGCAGAUGAAAGCUCGACAACAGCAUGUCAUCCGAGAAUUAUCCCACAUGGAGAACUCGGUGGAAUCCACGCUAUCCUCUUAUAAAGCCUCUUUGUCUCUUUUGGAGUCGAGCGUUCGGAAAUACCUCCAGGAUCCGCCUGUAAGGCCCUUGCCGACCAAGUCGGGUGACGCUACGUUUUUCUCCUUAAACCCCAAACGACGAACUCUCGCUCUGGCACAGGAACACUGGACCAAGGAGCAAGCGGACCUGCGCCAUCGGGAGGGCGAAGUGAAGGCAGAGAUUGAAGCGCUUGAAGCAGGUGGCGGAGUUUGGAAGCAAGUAGUUGGGGAAGUCACCGGUUACGAGAAGCGGCUGAAGUCGAAAAUGCGGCGCUACAUGCAAAAGCAGUCACAACGUCAGAGCCCGACCGACCCUUUGCAGAAUACACCGGAGGAUGAUAUUGCCCGGGAUGUGCUGGAGGAUCUGGGACACACAUCGGAGCGCGUAGAAUACAAAUUAGAACUUGCGGAGAGUAAGAACUGGAAGCUACUCGUCUGUUGCAUUUCUGCAGAGCUCCAGGCUCUGCAUGAGGCACGUCUACUCCUGAUGGAUCUGUUCAAUGUUUCCGACGCCGAUGUCCCGAGGAGGACUGUGGACGGGCGAGCUCGAAAUGGACACUCCGCUAUUGAUGAUGAACACGAUGUCCAUGCUGAUCCGCUCGCGGUGGACAAUCCCGAGCCCCCGGCUGACCUGUUGAGGGAUACAGAAGAACACUCUCAUGGUGCAGUUUCUAGGUCGGAGGAUGAGGAUGAUGAACCCGAUCCUGCCUGGCUGCUCCCAGAGUCGUGAUCUACUUCCAGCACCUGUGUGAUCUUCGUCGAAAACACUAUAUCCUUCUUGUAGCCUGUACUCUCUUAACGCUUUCGGUUUUUCAGCCCAUUCAUUCGAGCCCUCUGGGCCUCGGAACAUGUUUCUUCUCCAGAAUCAAUGUAGCGGUAGAACGGAG